GAUCCUUACGGCCGCCAGCGACGGCGAAAGCAGCAGCAGCAGCAGCAGCAGCAGCAGCGCGCUGGAGCUGCUGAAGGCCCGGCUGGGCACGGACUACUACUGCCUGCUGUUCGUGCGGGAGCUGCUGUCUUUGCUGCAGCGGCUGACAGCAGGGCCUCCGGCGCUGCUGUACCCGCCGUGCUACGGCGACAGCAGCAGCAGCAGCAGCAGCAAAGGCUUCCGCGGCUCCGGCCACUCCGUCUACAGCCUUUGCCUGCAAAUCCGAAACUCCGGUUUGCUGCUGCAGCUCAAAGGCUACCUCAGCGGCGACCCCGCAGCCACCGCCAUGUGGCGGGAAGUCAUCGCCCCACACAACGCCAGCGCCCAACAGGCGCACGCGGCGCUGGUGUCGCGGCUGCUGGCGCGCCCCGAGGUGUUUCACCGGCCAAACCCCCUGAACUGCGACAGCUGCGUCUACCCCCACCCGUUGACAGUUGCUGUUGAGAUUUUGCAGCUUUUCGCGGAAGUGCAGCCCCCCGUCUUCCGCCAGAUCCCCCCGAGCUGCCGGAGCGCGCAGCAGCAGCAGCAGCAGCAGCAGCAGCAGCAGCAGCGGCGGCGCGCGGCAGCCGGCUGGUGGUGCGCGAAGAGGCCUCCGGCGCGCUGGGCCUUGUCUUUCCAGCACCCCCACGGCUGCUUCGCGCUGUGGUCUUACAUUUCGCUGCUGUUUCCGGAGGCGCUGUCGGGGAGUUUGAGCGACGAGGAGGAGGAGGAGGAGGCGGAGGCGGAGGGCGCGGCCCGCGCCGCGACCUGCCGCAAGGGGAGCCGGAGCAGCAGCAGGCCUUCAGCAGCCUCGGCAGACUCAUCAGGGCUGACCCCCAUGGUUUGUGCUCAGCAGCAGCAGCCGCAGCAGCAGCAGCUGCUGCUGCUGCUGUGCGGCGUGCUGGAGAGCGCCCCGAGCGAGGCCGUGCAGGUCAUGGUCAAGGAAACUUUGCUGCGCGUCGUCUGCAGCCUCAACAUGGAGCUGCCCGAGAAGGACGAAGUCAACACUCUCUUCUUCGACCGCGGCGCGCUGGACGCGCUGCUGCGCCUGCUGUUCAAGCCCGUGGCCCCCAGCAUGACCACUGCUGAGCAGCAGCUGCUGCAGCACGCGAAGCAAAUGGUCCUCGAGAUUUUUUCGCACUGCGUGGCGGUCCACAGGUGA